GGGUGGAUGCAAACAACCAUGAAAGCCUGGGCUCGGGCUCUCCCCAGCUCCUCCGCCGCCGCCACCGCCGCCGCUCCUCCUCCCCUGACUGCCACCGCCGCCGCCGCCGCCGCCGCCGCCCGGAGGGCUCGGCUGUGAGGGGAAGCAGGGGCGCUGCCGCUGGGCGUGCAUCCGAAAGGUGAGAGCCAGCUGCCAGCGGAGGGGGCGGGCAGGCCACCAAGAUGUCCUCGGCCGUGGGGCCCCGCGGUCCUCGCCCACCUACGGUGCCUCCCCCGAUGCAAGACCUGCCCGACCUGAGCCACCUGACCGAAGAGGAGAGGAACAUUAUCAUGGCAGUGAUGGACCGGCAGAAGGAAGAGGAGGAGAAGGAAGAAGCCAUGCUCAAGUGUGUUGUCAGGGACAUGGCGAAGCCUGCUGCCUGCAAAACACCAAGAAAUGCUGAAAACCAGCCCCACCAACCUUCACCGUGAGUAUGGCAUUGUGUAUGUUAUCCAAGGAAGCAAUCAACUCAUGAAGGUGAACCGUGCAGGAAUUUGAGAUUGCAUCAACAGUUUGAAAGUUACAAGGAACAAGUGAGAAAAAUAGGGGAAGAAGCACGGCGUUACCAGGGUGAGCACAAAGAUGAUGCUCCUACGUGCGGAAUUUGCCAUAAAACAAAGUUUGCUGAUGGGUGCGGCCAUCUCUGUUCGUAUUGCCGCACCAAGUUUUGUGCCAGAUGUGGAGGCCGCGUGUCUCUUCGAUCAAACAACGAGGACAAAGUGGUUAUGUGGGUAUGCAAUUUAUGUCGAAAGCAGCAAGAAAUUUUAACCAAAUCUGGGGCAUGGUUCUUUGGAAGUGGCCCUCAGCAAGCGAGUCAGGAUGGAACCCUGAGUGAUACUGCUACAGGUGCCGGUUCUGAGGUCCCAAGAGAAAAGAAAGCACGACUCCAAGAGCGGUCACGAUCGCAGACACCCCUGAGCACAGCAGCUGUCUCCUCGCAGGAUGCCACUCCUCCAAGUGGACCACCAGACAGGAGAAAAGGGGCUGAGCCUGUGCAGCAAGCCAUUGGGCCCGAACAGAAGCAGACUUCAUCCAGGUCUAAAAGUGAACCUCCCAGAGAGAGGAAGAAGGCGCCAGGACUGUCAGAGCCAAACGGCAAAGGGGCCCAGAAGAGCGAACGCAAACGGGUGCCAAAGACCCCUGUGCAGCCCGGGGACGGGGCAGUGGAGGAGCGGGAGAGGAAAGAAAGGCGGGAAGGCCGAAGGCUGGAGAAAGGGAGAUCGCAGGACUACCCCGACGUGCCGGAGAAGCGAGAGGAGGGCAAACCGGCGGACCAGGAGAAGCAGAGGAAGGAGGAGGAGUACCAGACCAGGUACCGCAGCGACCCGAACCUGGCGCGGUACCCAGUGAAACCGCCGCCCGAUGAGCAGCAGAUGCGCAUGCACGCCCGGGUGUCCCGCGCUAGGCACGAGCGGCGCCACAGCGACGUGGCGCUCCCGCGCACCGAGGCCACCGCCGCGCCACCCGAGAGCAAGGCCGGCAAGCGCGCGCCGGCGGCCGCCAGGGCCUCGCCGCCGGACUCGCCGCGGGCCUACCAGGCUGAGAGGUCGGUGGAGGCCAGGGCGCCGGGGGCAAAGCCGCUCACGAACCACAGCCCGCCGGCGCCCAGGCAUGGGCCGGUCGCCACAGAAGCCCCCGAGCUCAAAGCGCAGGAGCCCCUCAGGAAGCAGGGCCGCCUGGACCCCGGCUCGGCCGUCCUCAUCCGGAAAGCCAAGCGCGAGAAGGUGGAGACCAUGCUGCGGAACGACUCCCUGAGCUCCGACCAGUCGGAGUCGGUGCGGCCGUCCCCGCCCAAGCCGCACCGGGCCAAGCGGGGCGGCAAGAAGCGGCAGAUGUCGGUGAGCAGCUCGGAAGAGGAGGGCGUGUCGACGCCCGAGUACACUAGCUGCGAGGAUGUGGAGCUCGAGAGCGAGAGCGUCAGCGAGAAAGGUGACUUGGAUUAUUACUGGUUGGAUCCUGCUACGUGGCAUAGUCGGGAAACAUCCCCUAUUAGUUCGCAUCCUGUAACGUGGCAACCAUCUAAAGAAGGGGACCGAUUGAUUGGACGUGUUAUUCUUAACAAGAGAACAACCAUGCCCAAAGAAUCAGGUGCAUUACUGGGUCUGAAAGUUGUCGGAGGAAAAAUGACUGACUUGGGACGCCUUGGUGCUUUCAUCACCAAAGUAAAGAAGGGUAGCCUAGCAGAUGUAGUUGGACAUCUAAGAGCAGGGGAUGAAGUUCUAGAAUGGAAUGGUAAACCCCUGCCGGGAGCUACAAAUGAAGAAGUUUACAACAUUAUUUUAGAAUCAAAAUCAGAACCUCAAGUUGAAAUUAUUGUUUCAAGGCCUAUUGGUGACAUUCCCCGGAUUCCUGAGAGCUCCCAUCCUCCAUUGGAGUCCAGUUCCAGUUCCUUUGAAUCUCAGAAGAUGGAGAGGCCUUCCAUUUCUGUUAUUUCUCCAACAAGUCCUGGAGCUCUAAAAGAUGCCCCACAAGUCUUACCAGGGCAGCUUUCUGUGAAGCUAUGGUACGAUAAAGUGGGGCACCAACUGAUUGUAAAUGUCUUGCAAGCAACAGAUCUACCCCCUAGAGUUGAUGGGCGUCCCCGGAAUCCCUAUGUAAAAAUGUAUUUUCUUCCAGAUAGAAGUGAUAAAAGCAAAAGGAGGACCAAAACGGUGAAGAAAGUGCUAGAACCGAAAUGGAAUCAAACCUUUGUGUAUUCACAUGUGCAUCGUAGGGAUUUUAGAGAGCGAAUGCUAGAAAUCACUGUGUGGGAUCAACCCAGAGUGCAAGAAGAGGAAAGCGAAUUUCUUGGAGAGAUCCUUAUAGAGUUAGAAACAGCACUUUUAGAUGAUGAACCACACUGGUAUAAACUUCAGACCCAUGAUGAAUCCUCACUACCUCUGCCUCAGCCAUCACCUUUCAUGCCAAGGCGACACGUUCAUGGAGAAAGCUCUAGCAAGAAGCUACAAAGAUCUCAGCGAAUCAGUGAUAGUGACAUCUCAGAUUAUGAGAUUGAUGAUGGUAUUGGAGUAGUUCCUCCAGGUGCUUAUAGGUCUAGUGCUAGAGAAAGUAAAUCUACAACAUUAACUGUGCCAGAGCAGCAAAGAACAACUCAUCACCGCUCACGUUCAGUGUCUCCUCACCGCGGCGAUGAUCAGGGAAGGCCGCGUUCACGUUUACCAAAUGUGCCAUUACAGAGGAGUUUAGAUGAAAUCCAUCCAACAAGAAGGUCCCGUUCUCCAACCAGACACCAUGAUGCCUCCAGAAGUCCAGUUGAUCAUAGAUCCAGAGAUGUGGAUAGUCAGUAUUUAUCAGAACAAGACAGUGAGCUUCUUAUGCUGCCCAGAGCAAAACGAGGACGAAGUGCAGAAUGCCUACAUACUACCAGUGAACUGCAGCCCUCCCUUGACAGGGCUAGGAGUGCUAGUACCAACUGCUUGAGACCAGAUACUAGUUUGCAUUCACCAGAACGAGAAAGGCAGCCCAGAAAGUCUGAAAGAUCUAGCAUCCAAAAACAGACUAGGAAAGGCACUGCCUCUGAUGCAGAAAGAAUGCACCGACAAGGAAGUCCAACCCAGUCUCCCCCGGCUGACGCAUCUUUCAGUAACCGCAGGGGAAGACAACUCCCACAAGUGCCAGUGAGGAGCAGCAGUAUAGAACAAGAACAAGACAAAUAUAACUCUUCCACAAAAGCAAGCUUAGUAGUGGAGGAGCGAACAAGACAGAUGAAAAUGAAAGUGCAUCGAUUUAAGCAGACAACAGGGUCUGGUUCUAGUCAAGAACUUGAUCGCGAGCAAUAUUCCAAGUAUAGCAUACAUACAGAUCAGUACCGAAGCUGUGAUAACAUCUCUGCCAAAUCAUCAGAUAGUGAUGUGAGUGAUGUGUCUGCCAUUUCCCGAACCAGCAGUGCCUCACGCCUCAGCAGCACAAGCUUUAUGUCAGAGCAAUCUGAGCGCCCCAGGGGUAGAAUCAGUUCAUUUACCCCCAAAAUGCAAGGCAGACGGAUGGGGACUUCAGGAAGAGCCAUCACGAAGAGCACCAGUGUCAGCGGAGAGAUAUACACACUAGAGCAUAAUGACGGCAGCCAGUCAGACACAGCUGUGGGUACAGUCGGCGCAGGUGGAAAGAAACGGAGAUCCAGCCUGAGUGCCAAAGUGGUAGCCAUAGUAUCUCGAAGGAGUAGGAGUACAUCGCAGCUCAGCCAAACAGAGUCAGGCCACAAGAAGUUAAAAAGUACCAUACAGAGGAGCACAGAAACAGGCAUGGCGGCUGAAAUGAGGAAGAUGGUACGGCAACCGAGUCGAGAGUCUACUGAUGGCAGCAUCAACAGUUACAGUUCUGAAGGAAACUUAAUAUUUCCUGGAGUGCGACUAGGGGCUGACAGUCAAUUCAGUGAUUUUCUUGAUGGACUGGGCCCUGCCCAGCUUGUUGGCCGGCAGACCCUUGCCACACCUGCAAUGGGUGAUAUACAAAUUGGAAUGGAGGAUAAAAAGGGCCAGUUGGAAGUUGAAGUUAUCAGAGCGCGCAGUCUCACACAAAAGCCUGGUUCCAAAUCCACACCUGCUCCAUAUGUGAAAGUAUAUCUUUUGGAAAAUGGGGCCUGCAUAGCCAAGAAGAAGACCAGAAUUGCACGGAAAACCCUUGAUCCUCUGUAUCAGCAGUCCCUGGUUUUUGAUGAGAGUCCACAGGGUAAAGUUCUGCAGGUGAUUGUCUGGGGGGACUAUGGCAGAAUGGACCAUAAAUGCUUCAUGGGCGUGGCUCAGAUCUUGUUGGAAGAGCUCGACUUGUCCAGCAUGGUAAUCGGAUGGUACAAGUUAUUCCCACCGUCGUCCCUGGUGGAUCCCACACUUACUCCCCUGACCCGCCGAGCUUCCCAGUCGUCUCUGGAAAGUUCAACUGGGCCCCCCUGCAUCCGAUCAUAGUGAAUUCAUCCCACACUUUUCCCAUUCAAAGUCUACCUUUCAGUCUAAGAAUCUGAACCAGAUAUUUAAUGAUCAAAAGCAUUGUUGGAGACAGACAAUCAACUUGUGUUUUGUCAGUAGUAGUAGUUUUUCAGUGUGUCCCCAUUGUUGUUUAAAAUACGGCUUCACAUGACAGAACAAGGCAAUCUAUCCAACUACAAGUAAGAAUCCGCAUGCUAGUGAGAGUCGCUGAUGCUUCUAACAAACAAAAAAGAGGAAACUUAAAACACAUACAGACACACACACAAAUUGAACAAACUGGAAACUCUCACUCUGAAAAGUUGUGUUUUACAUGUUUUUGCAAAGACCAGAAUCAGUGUUAUUUCCCUGGUAGUUGAGAAGUUUGUUUGUCGUCUUGUAUGUUUUGUUUGUGUGUUAAUUGUUGGGUUUUGGUUUUUUAUCUGUUUUCUGGGUUUUUGAUUUGUUUUCACCACAUAUUUGUUCUUUGCACAAGAUUUUUGGCUGUCAUGAUGGGCCUCAUGAUGCCUACAGAGACUCUUCCUUUCUUUUUCCAAAAGCACCCCCAAAAAGGGCUGAAGCAGUCUCUGUGGCAUCCCCACCCCCUUCAAAAAGUGCUCAGCAGCUGGACAAGUGAGGCCCAGGACAAGGGAGCCCCAUGACUCUUUUCGGCAAUGUUCAUUUUACAGUUCUUCAAAGUGUUUUUGUU